AUGAGACAGAACAGGAAGAUCAAGUUUGGAGACGUGCCGGCUGGCGUGGCGUCCACGCGGUCGGAGGAGCUGCGCCACAGGAAGAGGGAGCGGGUCGGCAGGCCUGUUUCUGUUGAGUACGGGUCGGACGAAGGCAGUGAGGCCGAGAACGAGAGAAUCGCUUCCGGUGAGAGAACAGUGGAUAUGGGCAAAAUCCGGCUGCGGGCACGCCAGCUGGCCAGUGUUCGCGAAUCGUUGCCUGUGUACCAGGUGAAGGACGAGCUUUUGGCACAGAUCAAACCAUCCAAGGUGUGUGUGCUAAUUGGAGAGACCGGAUCUGGAAAAUCGACCCAGAUCCCACAGUUUCUGAUGGACACGAGCCCCAAGGGCAUUGCAGUGACACAGCCGCGUCGAGUGGCCGCCAUAAACCUGGCAACGCGUGUGGCCGAGGAGCACGGGUGUGUUUUGGGCCGCGAGGUGGGGUAUUCGGUGCGUUUCAACAACGUUUCCAAUAAGCGGACCAAACUGAAAUAUAUCACCGACGGUAUGUUGCUAAGAGAGCUAAUGCUAGACCCGAUGUUGUCCAGGUACAGCACGGUGAUCAUUGACGAAGCUCACGAACGGACGAUUCUCACGGAUCUGUUGCUCGGGUUUCUGAAAGACCUGGUGUUCAACAAACGACAGAACGACCAGUUCCAGGUGAUCAUCAUGUCUGCCACGCUGGACGCGGACAAAUUCUCGCAGUUUUUCAACAACGCACCAAUUUUCUUCGUCGAGGGUCGAAUGUACCCGGUGGAGCGUCUGUACUUGCCGCAGCCGGUCGAGGAUAUCGUUGACACCGUCACUAAGACAGUGGUGCAGCUCAACCAGACAGAACCAACGGGAGAUAUUUUGUGCUUUCUGUCGGGACAGGAGGACAUCGACAAGAUCGUCGACAUGCUGGCGAAGCUGGCACCGAUUUUGCCCAAAGAGGCGCCGAUCUUGGUGCCUGUUCCGCUGUACGCCGCGCUUCCGUCGCACGUCCAGAUGGAGGUGUUUAAGAAACUCAAGCCAAACCAGCGCAAAGUUAUCUUGGCUACCAAUAUUGCAGAGACGUCCAUCACAGUGCCCGGGAUCAGGUACGUGGUGGACUCGGGACUGCGUAAGGUGAAGGUCUGGCGACACCAGCUGGGACUGUCGACGUUGCUGAUCGCUCCGAUUUCCAAAGCUUCUGCUGCGCAAAGAGCAGGAAGAGCAGGAAGAGAGGCUCCGGGAAAAUGCUACCGUCUGUACCGGGAAUCGGACUACCUCAAGCUGAGCGACAACACGGAGCCGGAGAUUUUGCGGUCGGACGUGGUUUCGCCGGUGUUGAUGCUCAAGAAAAUGGGGGUCAACGACAUUCUGAAAUGGCACUGGCUGGAAAACCCGGGCCGCGACAGUUUGGUGGCCGCGUUGCACCAGCUGUACUCUCUGAACGCGCUGAACGACCGCGGCCAGAUCACAGAGCUCGGACAGCAGCUCGUGGUGUUGCCUGUGGCUCCGCACCUGGCAGCCGUUCUGAUCCGUGCUAGCACGCUGGGAUGUCUUGGCCCGGUGAUAGAUAUCGUUGCGUGUCUUUCUGUGGAUAAUCUGCUGAUGUCUCCACCGAGCGAGCGCAGAGACGAGGUCAACGAGCAGCGCAGGGAAACGUGCAAGCUGGGCUCAAUCCAUGGCGACCUGGUGAUGCUGAAAGAACUGUUUGAUCUGUUCAACUCAUUUGCAGACAUUGACGAGAAAAAAGACUGGUGCAGACAGCUGUGUCUCAACUACAAAGGGUUCAAGGACGUGGAGCGUGUCAGAAGACAGAUUAGUGAGUACAUGAAGAUGCUCAAGAUGGACGAGGCCGACUCAGAGACAGACUUCGAUGCCACGCUCGUGCUCAAGGCGUUUGUUUCCGGGUUCAUCACCAACACGGCGAUUGGGAUGCCCGACAGAAGCUACCGUACGCUUGCCACGGGCGACCUUGUCAGUAUCCACCCCUCGUCGCUGUUGUUUGGCCAGCGCAAACCGGCCAUCAUGUACAUCGAGUACGUCUACACGGUCAAGGGCUACGCGCGAGCCGUUUCCGCAAUCGACCUCGAGUGGUUGCAGGAAGUGGCUCCGCAUCUGCUAGGAACUCGGGAGAAGGUCUAG